AUGUGGAUGCUGCAAGGCCUGUUACUUUGUUUGCUGGCUGUCAGCGCGAUCAUCUCAAAACCAUAUUUAGGUGAGCCCUUGGAGCUCACGGAUGAUGCGUUGGGAAGCUAUCGAAUAGCCAACCUAACAAGAUUGGCUGUGGAACGAUUUAACCGGCAAAGUGAUGAGUUUUAUUGGUAUGUUCAGCGCCAAGUUUUCGGAGGACGCAAAUGGGUGAAAGUUACGUGUACCUUCCUAGCAUGGCAGAGACUAUGGGGCAACCACAGUCUGGUGAUUGACAUAUUAGAAUGUCUACGAGCCGAUGAGUUGAAAACUAGUUCCCGUAUGCAGGAAUUUCACAAACAUCCCGGAAAAUCAAUCAGAUUCACAAAGAUCUAUCAAGAAAUUAUCAACGACAUUGGUGAACAAUUGAAACGGAAAAGCCAAUUGCCUUCUGAUGCACUGUACGUUGAGGAUUUCCGUUUUGUGGAAAAUGAAUCCAAAGAGAAAAUGGCAGUCUUGGAAUAUAGAUGGAACCGUACUGGAUGUCCACAGGAAGAAACCCCUAACUUCAAAGAAUGCUUCGGAAAACUACCCAAAGAUACUUUACUCACUUGCGCGGCUGAGUUCGAAUGGCCAUAUCGAGUGAAUGAAAGCUGGUUGAAAUUCCCGAACUGCUCUUGGACACCACUUGUGUCACUGGAACAUGAACUCUAUUCAUUUAGGCGGCUAUCUAGUGCAUGUAACAGUCGACUUCCAAUCGUGCAACCAAGAUUUACAGAAAGAAAGUUGUCGUGGCACAUCAGACAGACUGAGGAGGUAAUGUCACUUCAACCACAGGACCAGGAGUGGAUGUUCCCAUUGAUCAAUCAAGCCUAUCAGGAAAAAGGAAGAAACCGUUGGUACUAUGCCCGGGUUGAAGAAGUCAUCGAUCUUCGAAGACUGGUUGAACCCACCGAAGUACUUCAGUUCACAGCCAGGCUCAAAGGUGACUACGGAGAACAUAUUUUUUGCAAGAUGACUUUUUUCGUUGAGAAUAAAACAAUUCAAGUUAAGGAUUGUGAAAAUAAGCGUGAUUGGACUCCAAAGGUUUCUGGACUGCUUUCUGAAGACGAGAAAUCUCAGCCCUGGUUCAUUCGAAUGCUGGAUUUGCUCACCGAACUGUUUGGUGAAAUCAAUCCCCUCGAAACCCCGUUCACUUUGUCUAAAGUUGAGCAUGCUGUUAAGAGGCCCGUCAGAGAAAAUCAAGUGAACACAACUUUGCUGCAAUUGACAGUGAAUUUCAAAUCAUCUAGAUGUCAGUGGGCUAUGACUUACUCAAACUGUGACCCCGACAAGGAAAACAUCGUUUGUGAUGUGGUGGUCCGAAACAGCACAAGUAUGCCACCAGAAACAGCACUGCCAUCCGUAUCUGACUGCUGGCAUUCCGUCAAGCUCCCAAUGCAGUCGGUCACCCGGUGGAUCUCGCUUCAUCCUGAACAACUAGCUGAACCGAAGUGGCGUGAUCGCCUCAAGCAAGCCGUCCAAGUGCACAACAACAAUUUUAUUGAUCCUCCAGAUUACACACAUUACUACGCGUCGGAUGUUCACAUCACGGCCUCUUCAUCAGAAACCAAAGACACGACAAUUAUGUUUCAACUCAUCUUGGAGAUGCAAACACCUGUGAAAGAGCACCGGUCCUGCCAAGUGGUGAUAAAAGAGUCUCAUGGAAAAACAAUCGAUUUUACCGUCUACAACUGCGAAGAGGAGUACUCUCUCACCGAAAAGAAACUUUCACCUGGCUUUCGACCAAUGAGAAAAACUGAGGAAACUGCUGAGGCUUUUGUUCGAUUGAAGAAACUAGCUGAAGCUAAAGCAAACCUAAUUUUGACGGACACUUCCUUUUACCACAAACUGAGCCACAUUCAAGAAAGCAGAAUCAAGGAUGAUGGUACAACGACAGUCGCAUUUGAAAUGAUUCUGCUGAAAACUGACUGCAACCGAGUAAACAAGACAAAUCGACGCGGUGAUUCCAACUGCGCAGUUCAGGAUUUUGCGACUGCCGUUAUUUGUGACGUUCAUGCUAAAUCACUUUCUUCGCUGCACGCCUUCCACUAUGUUGACGUAACAAACUGUCAUUUCGUCGCUCCAAAGCCACCACAUCUUAACCUACCACCAACGUACCUUGAUAUCAUGGUAGCCGAGACUACAUUUCCCGUCAUUUUGAAACAAGUGGAAGUUGAGUUCAACAGGAUGAACACUGACCCGAGGUAUUAUGGCCUAAUUAUCGUUGAGGAUGUCUCGAACCGCACUGCAAAGAUGGAUUUGUCUUUGUUUGUGACGUUCAAGGUGACGCUUCAGUCAACAAAUUGGGAGAAGAAGAACGCGAAUAUAUUUGCGAAAAGUGAUGACACUGACAAGAAAAACCAGAAUCUUGUGACAUGUCACGUAAGUGUGAGGAUGUUGGCACUCGAGCAAACAUACGAACUAAACAUUUUUGGGUGUAAUGAAACAAGGCUGUUAAGUAUUCAAAACGAUCUUCAAGCAAUGACUAAGAACGAAGAUGAUGACUUAUGGUCAGUGGCAGAGGAAGUCACCGGGAUUCUCACAAACUACUCCUCCGAAAAUGUCACCUUCCACAUCCACCAAAUUCAGCUGUUGGAUCGUGAGAAACUCUUCGGCGAUCGGGUAUCCUUCAACCUGUACCUUUGGUGGAACUGGGGGCCUUCUAUACCGCCAUACUUAACAUACAAACACAAGCACUUUAUUGUAUGCCGAGUGACACAUUGGAUCAGAACAUUCCAAAGGAAAAGGAGAACGAUCGAUAUUCGUGGAUGCUAUUCUAUGGAACGUCGGGAACAGAGCAACCACAAUAAACCCCUGUGCCACGUGGAUUUUCGGAAGUACAAUGUGGAUCCACUGUUACCUCGAUUUUCGCGUUUGAUAAGCGGUAAAAUCGGAAGUAGGGAACCGUUGAAAAUUGAAGGGAUUUUUGCAUACGGGCGAAUCCCUCUUCCCGGUGAAAAGUUUGAUUUUUAUGCAAAUUUGCGACCAGAAUACAUUCCGGAGCAGUGCAAAAAUAUUUCAACAGGAGCUACAUCAUCUGAACAAUGCAGGUCGUUUCAGGGAUUCAUCCAAUGCCACUGCAAGCUGGCUUUUCAUCCUUGGAAGUCUGGUGUUCACGAACUGGAAGUUGUUCAAUGCAAGCAAAUUACCGACCAACCAGUGAAAAAAUCCACUGGAGAUCCGGUGAUUCCUUUCAAUAUAACUUUGGCACAUGCAAAUAUGUUUGUGUCGGCGAUAAGCAGCUUGCGCCAAGAUAUGCUCCCCACAAACAAAGUUAUCUACGGUGAUCCUGAGGUUCGAAGCACUGAAAUACCAUUGAUUGCUGGACAGGGUUUAGAGGUCACCCUUGACAUCCGACCAAACAAAUGCAACGACAGUCUAACUUCAGCAGAAUGUGAUUUUUGGCGUUACUCGCAUUAUAUUGAAUGCAAAGUGAUUGGUUACUAUGUGGACUGGAAUCGUGCGCCAUCGAUCUAUCUGAUUCCGUAUACUUGUCAAAAGGUGUUCAACCAGUCAGACUAUGUCAUUAAACAAAUAUUGCUUACGGAAAGCGGGUUACCAAAUAGUCGGAAUGACUCGAUUUCAUCUGAGAGGAAGAAGUCAAAACUAUCGAUCCAAGUCGAAUAUGCUAUAGCAACAAUGGAGGAUAUUACAACUGAGUACAAAAAUGGACGCCUCGUGACUUUCAACGUCACACUUCAAGCACAGACAUGUAUAAACACGUUACCACUGCGAAAUGAUACCCAGUGUUCUGACUGGCUGCCUAAAGGAUAUGUUGCAUGCAGAGGGCGAAUGUUUGAAGGUCUACAGGUUGACAGCCAGCCCGAAAUUAAGCUGUUUGACUGUCACCAGACAACAUCUGUGAUGGGUUCCCAGUCAACAGGCUUGUCGGCUGAGUCAACGCCUUCUCCUGUCCUGGUCACUGACGCGUUGCAAGAAUAGAACAACCGAUCGGGCAAUCAACCGAAGAUGUUUCUUUUCCACAUACAUUUCACACGGCCGAAAAUCGAUCCGCAAAGCAGUUAUUCUAUUGAUUUCCUGAAUUGAUAAACAUAAUUCCAUAGGAUACUACCGGCGACUCUGAUUAUACUCCCCCGUUGAUAAUUAACUAACUCGCUGUUUCCCCUACUUCGCAAUUCAUUUAUGGUUAAAAGGAAUCCUUUUUGAUGACUUUUUUAAUGACGACGAUGUCGUGGCAUCUAUUAGCGCAUAUCUAGUUUACGGUGAUUUGUUCCAAGGCUCUCCAGCCGUCAAUGAGAUCGCCAGGUUUUUCGUCACUAUUUUCCGAGCAUUCGCUCUGUGUAUUUCAUGCACAACGAUAACUAUAUA